AACAUAUAUAUAUUUUUUCAGUCAAGAGCAGUCCCGUUUUCAGGGGUGGCGUUCUUUAGCAGGGAGGAGGCUGGACCGGCUGCGAGAUAAUCAGUGACAGUGAGCGUCUCUGCUGGAUUGCCGUAGAGCUCCCGAGACACACGCCUCCGCGCAGGACAGAAGGUCUCAGGAUGUUUUUGGGAAACGUGCGUCUUUCGCUAGACUGUGAUAUCAGCUCAUUUCCCCCCCAGUAUUGAUCGUUCCGACAGUCGGAAUCUGCUCAAAAUCAAAAUAACAUUUGUGGAUACCGGAAGCAAUUGGGGGAACUGUAAAAGAAUGUGAUGGAUAAACAAUGAUAUCCAAUAGGUAACUGAAGCAGUUGAAAAGCCACAUUUUAGGAUACCACGCCGAGGUGUAGGAUGUAGGAUGCUUCCCGUUCGGAGAUUAAAGGGUCAGCCACAGUUGUGGCCGCUGAGCGCGGAGCCUCCUCCUUGGGUUUGGGUGCUCCCGGCUGCCUCCGGGCUCUGCAGAAUGGGUGCCACGGCGCCCCCUCCUUUCCUAAUCUCUUCUCACCCACCUCCGAUGCUGCAAGCCGUUUCCACGAGCUGGCAACUGUCCUGCGAUCCUUUUCUGCCUUUGAUGCGAAUACCCUCCGUACCAGAACCGGCUGUUCAUCAGUUCCCUCUGCCAAGUGUUCAGUGGGAUCUCCCUUCACGCCCCCCCAUUGUGGGUUUCCAGCAGUCCACAAGCAUGGAUUUGGUCCCCGUGUUUCCUCAAGUGUACCACUCGGUGUUGCCCCCUCCUUUUGGGAAAGGAUGGGUAGAGAAGAGGGUCCCGGAUUGCAAGGUUUAUGUAAACAACGCCCUCGCCUUGGACACCACCUGGCCAGGACCUGAGGAUAUAGGAAUUUUCCAGAGGCACGAGAAACCACUGCUGAUGACAAAUCAAAUGGCAAUGAGCAUAUCUAGGCCAGCUGCUGCCUCCAGGAAUGUUCACACUCUGUUUGUGUCACCUCGGCGUAUAUCAGGGUGUCCUGUGGCCAUCAAACGCGUGGGCAGCCACAAGAGGAUCGCGCUGGCGGCAGCAGCCAUGAUGGCGAUGGAAUCGGAGGCAGCGCAGGGGCCCUCGUCCUCCUCCGGCCAGCCGUUCCACCUGCUCUCUCUGUCGCCGAUAAGGAUCCCCAUCCUGCCUUCACCUGUGUCAGGGGCCAGCUUUCGUGAUGGACGGGUCGGGCCGGUGCUGCCAGCCCAGAUCACCAGGGUGACGUCCCUGUCUGCGCCAGGCGUUGCCUUCGUGGCCGGUGACUGGACGGAACAAACUCCAGCAAAUAAGAGCUUAGAUAUGAGGAAGGCGUCGUGUGCCGGGUCCUUGGUGCUGCGUACCGAUCAGAAGCCUGAAAACAAAAAUGAGGGUGAGCCACUCAAGAUCCCCUUGACCGAAGGUAACGCUCCUAAGGACAAGCGGCCCGUGGCCUCCACCCCAGUCCCGGGAUCGCCCUGGUGUGUGGUGUGGACCGGAGACGACAGGGUGUUCUUCUUCAAUCCCACAAUGCAGCUGUCUGUUUGGGAGAAACCUGUAGAUUUGAAAGGCCGUGGAGAUCUGAACAGGAUUAUAGAAGAUCCUCCGCACAAACGAAAAAAGGAUUCAUUAUCAAAUGAAGAGGGGUCAAACUCCCCCCCUGGUGAUGAUGAUGAUGGUGAGGAGCACAACGCUAAAACCAAAAGGAACAAAAUUGAGGAGCCUGUUGGAACAGAACAGCAGAAUGACACAGAAGAGGGAGAGAAAAGUGCCAAGACAUGUCCUCAUCGGACAGUUCUACCUUUGGAACUGAGGAUUGCUCACUUCAGGGAUAUGCUUCUUGAAAGAGGGGUGUCAGCAUUCUCUACAUGGGAAAAAGAGUUGCAUAAAAUUGUUUUUGAUCCACGGUAUCUCUUACUAACUUCAGAAGAAAGAAAACAGAUUUUUGAUCAGUUUGUGAAGGCUAGAAUAAAAGAAGAAUACAAGGAAAAAAAGAGCAAAUUACAGCAGGCCAAAGAGGAAUUCCGAAAACUUCUUGAGGAGUCAAAGAUUACAUCAAGGUCAACAUUCAAGGAGUUUUCAGAGAAAUACGGCAGAGACCAGCGAUUCAAGCAAGUUCAGAAAAAGAAAGAUCAGGAACACUUCUUCAAUCAGUUCAUCAAUGCGCUUAAGAAACGAGAUAAAGAAAAUCGCCUAAGACUGAGAAAAAUGAGAUGAAAAGCCAUGAGCUUUGUAACAAACUAUUCCUUAUAUACUGUGAAGGGAUCGCUGACCACUAAAUAAGAUUGUCCAUUUCGUAAAAAUAAGUCAAUAUUCCUGAAUCGCCCCAGUUUACAUCUGUACACUGGCUACGUCUGACUUGGUUGAAUGGAAUAUGAAGUGAAACACUGCUCAGAGAUUAAAUGUUUCAUAUUGAAGCUCUAUUUUAAAAAUUAAGGGUUUCACGUGUUCAGAUCACAGUGAAAAACUUGUGAA